UCCGGUCCGGCUGAACAUGGCUGCUUCAGGAGCGGGGUCUCCCGGCCGGCUGGUCCAGUACGUGGUGGUCCGCUCGGACCUGGUCCACAGUCUGUCGUGGCCUCUGGGGGCCGUCAUCACGCAGGCGUGUCACGCAGCCACCGCCGCCGUGCACGUGCACUACGCAGACCCGGACACGCAGCGGUACCUGUCCGACCUGGACUGUAUGCACAAGGUGGUCCUGGGGGCUCCAGAUGAAGCUGCUCUGUCCGGUUUAUCCCAGACCCUGACUCAGGCCGGCGUGGCCCAUAAACUGUGGAUCGAACAGCCGGAGAACAUCCCCACCUGCCUGGCCCUGAAGCCCUACCCCAAAGACGCCGUCCAACCGCUGCUGCGAAAGUUCAAGCUCUUCAAAUGACCCCGGGGGCUACGGACGAACGGGUUGGACAUACGGGGGGGGGGGGCAGACGCCUGGAGGUAACAGCCAUGAGGAAGACGAGGUGUGAUGGGCGUCAGAAAACGAAGACUGUUGGACACUACAGCAUGUAAUGGAACGAAACAGACGCUGCAAAUCCUGUAAGAACGUCAGGGUUUUGAGAAAAUAAAACAGGAGACGAGGAUACAUGUGUCUGUAAAAAGAAAAACAUACAAGAUAAGUUUGAAUUGUUGCCAAAAAAAUCUGAAGUCUGAAGUUUUAAUUCUAAUUCUGGGACAUUCGUUCACUGUUAAAAUAGAAAUCCUGCUGGACUGGAGGUGUGGUGCACUUUCUUUGACCACUCCCCCUUUACGUCAUCAGCCUAAUCUGAAUAAAUGACCCUGAACUGUGGGGUGUGAUGGAAACGCAAAGCACACCGAUGACCAGGAAUUCUUUUACCCAGGUAAAUAAGUUCCUGGUAAUAAAAGUUCCUGGUAUUUUGAUGGAAAAGGGUCUAAUGACUUAAAUUCCGUGGAAUGUGUUGUUUUAAAGCUGAACUCUGUCACAUUAUCGUCUGCGUUGUCAUUUCCUGAACAGGUGAAUGAACCGGUGGCUUUACACUUGGACUGUUCACGGUUUAUUUUACUUAAAUGAAUAAAGUCAAAUUGGAGAGAGAA